AUGCAGAGUAUUAGAAAGCGGAAUAGGUGCCACAUCCCUAGCGUUCAAAAUGACAAGCUUUCCUUAUCAGAUAAGGGCUUGUCAAGCAUUAGAGGCCAUAUUGGUCGUGCACUGGCUCCAUGUACCCUCUCAUACACUGCACGGCACUGUACCCCACUCUAUUCGUGCCGUGAACCGGCCGAUUUACGAUUUGUGAAUGAAAAACAAUCCUUCAACAAACGCGAAGAAAACACCAAGUCGAUCCCUGCGUACAGCUUACAGCUUCGACUAACCGAUUCAUUGGUGGGGCUGCGCAGAGCGCAUGCGCGGUCCCGCCGCGGCUCCCCACCACCUCAGCUCCAUUCAUACUUAUUCCUCUCUACUCUUCGGUUAUUUCUUUUUACUUACUUCUCCUCUUCGGCUGAGUGUGCCCGAUCUAUACGAAAAUAAAACACCGACUUUUCUAGCCAUUGACGAACGAACACAGAGAAAAGAGAGAGCGGAUACCAGCCGACACAAACGACCUUGGACAUGUCCCAUUCAUGAAAAGAGAUCACGUGGUCCUUUAACUAUUUCGAGGCUUGAGGCCACGUCACUGACGCAAUGGAGACCGGACGCGAUAUAUUUAGCGCCGCGACGUAGAAGAGAAAAUCCUCUUUUUAUCGAUUUACAGAAAAAAAUGAUGUACUUCAAUGUCAUAUGCUGUCUUCAGAAAAUUAAUAGAUAGAUAAAUCAUCUUUAUUCUGGGACUAGGUCCCUUUAGAAUAACAGUAUUGUUCAUAUAAAUUAACCAUAAAUCUGGCCAAAAGACUUAUUACAAUGAAUAAUAACAAAAUACUAGUAAUAAAUUAAGUAUU